AUGGUUUUUCUGAAGGUAGCACCUAUGAAAGAUGUUUUGAGAUUUGAGAAGAAGGAAAAACUAAGUCCACAUUUUGUAGGACCAUUUGAGAUACUUGAGCGAAUUGGCCCCAUAACUUAUCAUUUGGUGUUGCCUUCUUCAUUUUUUGCAGUUCAUGAUAUAUUUCAUGUCUUUAUGUUGAGGAAGUAUGUAGCAAACCCAAUGCAUCUAGUUGACUUUGAACCAUUGCAAAUUAAUAAGAAUUUGAGCUAUGAGGAGCAACUCGUUCAGAUUUUGGCAAGAGAGGUCGAGUUGUUCCGAAACAGAGGAAUUGCAAUGGUUAAAGUUCUUUGGCAAAACCACAAAGUUAAAGAGGCCACAUGGAAAAGAGAGAAUGACAUGAGAGCCCAAUAUCCCGAGUUGUUCGAGGAUUAG